AUGCCCUUGCAAAAGUACGCUCAUUCGCUCGCGAGAAUACUUGGUAUCGAACUCGUCGAGCAGCCCCAUCUUCGUGAAGUUGAAGAGUCCCUCAUCCGAGUGCUACCACAUCCUUACUACGAGCCAGAGCCUACGGUCGGCGAAUACCUACGGACUCUAGCCCCAACCAAGCGCGGCGUUGCAACUUACAUUCAUGAUCUGUUCCCUUCAGCGCAAUGGCUGCCACGAUACAAUUGGCGAUGGCUGCUGGGCGAUGCUAUUGCUGGGCUCACGAUCGGAUUUGUCGUCGUGCCUCAGGCAAUGGCUUACGCUUUACUGGCACAGCUGUCACCUGAGUUCGGGCUUUACACAUCCUUCACAGGAGCGGCAACUUACUUUCUGUUUGGUACCUCCAAGGACAUAGUCAUCGGUCGCAAGACUACGGCGGUGGGGUCUCUUCUCGUCGGUUCCGUCAUCACUUCCGUCGAAGAGCGUCAACCUAAUACAUACAGUCGACCAGAAGUUGCCAAAGCUCUGUCGUUUAUCAUCGGCUUGAUCUUGCUGCUCGUGGGAUUACUCCGCCUCGGCUGGCUCAUCGAGUUCAUCCUUAUAGUCAUUCUUGACACAUUGGAAGGCGUACCUCGUGUUCAGCUUGAUGCGGCUGUGGGACUGACCUGCCUGGCUAUGCUCUUCGUUGUGCGUGAUGUGUGUGCGAAGCUUGAGAUCAAGCAACCUUCCAGGAAGAGGCUGUGGGCUACAGUAUCCUCCUUGAGGCUGACCUUCGCCAUGCUCUUCUUCACCUUGAUCUCGUUCCUCGUGCAUCGAUCAGACAAGGAACACCACAGAUUUCGACUGGUGGGCAAGAUCAACUCUGGUUUCAAAGAAGCUGGUCUACCUCGACUGGAGCCCGGCCUGGUGAAGAUGAUUCUGCCGGAGCUACCAGCAAUCAUCAUAAUCCUCGUCAUCGAACAUAUCGCGAUCGCGAAGUCAUUUGGAAGGACCUUCGGCUACACCGUCGUCCCAUCACAAGAAAUUCUUGCUCAGGGCACCGCAAACCUGCUCGGACCCUUCAUCGGAGCUACGCCUGCACGGGGUCUUUCGGUGCGUCAGCCCGCCUUCGUCCUCAUUCUAGCUCUUUAUGCGCUCACCGGAGUGUUUUACUACAUACCGCAAGCUGCGUUGGCGGCGCUCAUCAUUCAUGCUACCUACAACUUGAUGACUCCGCCAAAGUCACUGUACAAAUAUUGGCAAAUAUCGCCAUUCGAGCUGCUGAUAUGGAUUGCGGGCGUGACCUUGGCGCUGUUCACAAACCUUGAGACUUCCAUCUACUGCACGAUUGCGCUGUCGUUGGCCCUCCUUCUGGUCCGACUUGCAAGAGCUAGAGGUCGGUUUCUGGCGCGGAUACGCGUUGGAAGGCUGGCGGUCGAUGUCCAUGCCCACGACGAUUCAGGACCUCUAACUCCCAGUCACCACACGCCCGAUUCUUCAUAUCGCGAUGCCUUCCUGCCAAGCGAUCGCAAGGAUGCGUCUAACCCAGAAAUCAACGCUGAGUCUCCAUACCCAGGUGUCUUCGUCUACCGCUUCACAGAAGGCUUCAACUACGUUAAUCAAGCUCGACAGAUGGAUGGUCUCAUCCGUCAGGUCAUGGCAGAAACCAGACCGACGACAGUUGAUGACGGCAUCAGACCGUCUGAUCGACUCUGGAACGAUCCAGGACCAAUACGUGCUGGCUCUAAGAUUGGGGCCAACAAGCCUGUUCUUCGUGCGAUCGUUCUCGACUGUUCUCCGGUCAACAACACCGACAUUACUAGCGUUCAAGGCCUCAUCGACGCAAGGAAUUUGUUGGACAAACAUGCUGCACCUGCUGUGGUGGAGUGGCAUUUCGCGAACGUGGGAAAUAGGUGGACACGGCGUGCUUUGGCGACUGCAGGAUUUGGCUUUCCCGUUGAGGGGACUGAUCGUGCAGGGCAAUGGGCGCCAGUGUUCACUGUGUCCAGAUGGCUCGCUGGUGCGACGACCGAGGAUCUUCAGCUGGCGCUGCGAGAAGGCGGGAAUGCGGAGACUGCGGUUGAUGAGGAACGAUGUGGUGAGAAGCCGACAUCCAAGGGACACUAUUCUGCAAGAAGUCGACAGAGUAUUCCUGCAGCACCCGAUGACUCGAUAUUGCAAAAUGGGAGACAGAGCACACCUCCGACUCCCGUUAGAGACUCGUCACCGAGGUUGGUGUUUGGUAUGGACCGGCCGUUCUUCCACAUUGAUCUCCUUGAGGCUGUCGAUGCGGCUGUCAGGGACGCGAAGAGAGCCGAUUCAAGAUUGACGCAUGUUGUUGCGGCUGGUAGGCGUAGCGGCGAUAACAAUUGA